AGAGGGCAUUUGGGCGUUUGUAUGGACAAGCAAUCAGCUUCUCCAUGCCUAAAGAGAGCCAAGAGAACAUGGAUCAAGGACAGGAGCCCUCGGGUGCAGCAGCAGCAGAGUGAAUCCAGCCUCACCUGAAGGGCUGCAGGACUUUGUCACCAGUGUGGCACCAGAGCACCAGACAUGAGGCACACUUCAGGCACCAGUGCAAAGCAGGCAUGGGCUUGGGCAGCAGCCUUGGUCUGAGUCAUAGAGCCAUGGGAUUGCCCUCUGAGGCCAUCCAGCCCAAGCAGCAACCCAACCCCACCACAACCACCAAGCCACGGCCCCAGUGCCACGGUCACACCUUUCUGGAACACCUGCAGGGCUGGGGGCUGCAGCAGUUCCCUGGGCAGCAGCACUGGAGAUGGGGUCUCAGGGUGGCCACCCAGACCUACAGGCUGGCAGAGCAGGCACAAGCUUACAAGGUCCUUCGAAAGAGCUAGAGAAGGCUGCCUGGACUGUGCAGAGCUGCGUCAUGGAGAAGCAAGUGCUGGAGACCUCUGAGGAGACAACCUUUCAGUACCAGGAUUCUCUGCCUUCCCUGCCGGUGCCUCCUCUUGAUGAAUCCCUGAGUAAAUACCUUGAGGCAGUGAAGCCUUUCCUGAAUGAUGAAGAAUAUCAGAGAACCCAGGAGACAGUUGAAAGAUUUGGGAAUGGGAUUGGGAAGGAAUUGCAUCAGAAAUUAUUGGAGAGAGCUAAAACCAGGAGGAAUUGGCUGGAGGAGUGGUGGCUGAACGUGGCCUAUCUCGACCUUCGCCUGGCGACGCAGAUCCACUGCAACAUCGGAGGGCCUGGGACCUACAUUGAGCACUUCUGGCCCCCGAAGGAGGGCACCCAGAUAGAAAGAGCUUGUGUCAACCUGUGGCACACCCUGAAGUACUGGGAGCUGCUGAGAAGGGAGAAGGUGGCCAUAGAGAGAUCUGGCAAUGCUGUGCUGGAUAUGAACCAGUUCCGGAUGCUCUUCUCCACUUGCAGAAUUCCUGGGAUUACCAGAGACUCCCUCAGCAGUUAUUUUAGAACUGAGAGUGAAGGGCAUUGCCCAUCCCACCUGGCCGUGCUGUGCCGAGGCCGCCUCUUCGCCUUCGAUGCCCUGCAUGAGGGCACCCUGCUGACUCCUCCAGAGAUCUUCAGGCAACUCACAUAUAUACAGAAAAGAUGCCACAGUGAACCAGAUGGCCCAGGACUGGCAGCCCUGACAAGCAGUGAAAGGACAAAAUGGGCAGAGUUACGGGAGUAUUUGAUCGGCCUCGACCCGAAGAACCUCACCCACCUGGAGAAGGUCCAGAGCAGUCUGUUCGUGGUCUGCCUCGACGAUGCCAGUCCCCAUGCCACUCUUCAGGACUACUCUGAGCUGACCCGGCUGGGGCUGGUGGGCGACCCGACCGUGCGCUGGGGAGACAAGUCCUACAACUGCAUCUUCUUCGCCAACGGACUCUGCAGUGCCUUCUGCGACCAUGCCCCUUUUGAUGCCAUGGCUCUGAUUACCAUGCUGGCUUAUGUCGACAAGAAGAUUGUUGAGAAUGAAGGAAAGUGGAAGGGGUCAGACAAAGUGAGGGAACUGCCCUGGCCAGAGGAGCUGCUGUUCACGGUGGAUCAGAAGCUGAUCAGUGAGAUUGGACGUGCCAAAGACUUAUACUACACUAAGGUGUCCCAGGUGCAGCUGGUGAAUUACGUCUUCACAUCCUUUGGCAAAGCCUUGAUCAGAGCCAGGAAACUUCAUCCUGACACCUUUGUGCAGCUUGCCCUGCAGCUGGCUUACUACAAGUGCCAUGGCCGCCCAGGCUGCUGCUAUGAGACAGCCCAGACCCGGCGCUUCUUCCACGGCCGCACCGAGACCAUCCGGCCCUGCACGCUGGAGGCCCUGCAGUGGUGCAAGGCCAUGCUGGAGCCUGCCCACCCUGCUCCCCAGAGGCUGCAGCUGAUGCAGAAGGCGUUUGCAAAGCACAAUAAGAUGAGGAAGGAAUGCGAGAAUGGCAAAGGCUUUGACCGGCACCUCCUGGGGCUGCUGCUGACAGCGCAGGAGCAGGGACUGCCAGUGCCAGAGCUCUAUGUGGACAAAGCCUUCGCGGCCAGCGGAGGAGGUGGCAAUUUCGUGCUCUCAACCAGUCUGACUGGCUACACCAGGUUCAAUGGAGCUGCUCUGCCCAUGGUGGCUCAUGGCUAUGGCUUCUUCUAUUCCAUCAGAGAUGACAGGAUUGCUGUGUCCUGCUCUUCCUGGAAGUCAUGUCCAGAGACCAGUGCAGAGCUGCUCUGCAGAACUGUGUUCCAGUGCUUCCAGGACAUGCUGCAGUUAUCAGUCACAGCCCAGCUGUGAGGUUGGUCCUGGUGCAGAAACCUUUGCAGGCUCUCCAGUUAGGUGUAGUACUUACAACUGAGAUGCUACUCAGAGUACCCAAGUAGAGCCAGGUGCUGCUGCCUGUGAAGGGUGUUCUGGUGGGACUGACUGUGGGGAUGUGAUGUAGCCAUGUGCACCAACAAUGCAACCAGUAGGCCCUGUCUAGAACUAUGCAACGUUAAAAGAUGCCUCAGCAAUGCAAAUGCCCCUGAGGAUGGGCUGGGGGGGGGAGCUGGGGGUAGGUAUUUAUCAUCUUAGGACUUACACAUAGAAGACUUUGUAGGCUGCUGAGUGGUGGAGCUGCUCCCUGCCUUCUAGGGGUGACCACCUUGUCCUCUUAGGUGAGCUCCUGCUGCCUGAGGAGGUGCCAGGGCAGCACCCUCAGCCUGGGGGGGUUAGAAGUUCCCUUUGGUAACCACUAAAUGCUGUGUCUGUCGGGGGGGGGGCUCCUGCCACCUUGGUGGGGGGAAGCUGCAGCCUGCAGAGUUUGGAGGCAGGAGCUCUCAGCAGUGCAGAAAGCAGCAGAGCAGUUCAAGGUCCUCAGAGGUUUCACCUCCUGCUGGACUCUGAUGUCUGCUACUUUACACUACCUGAUCCUGCAGAAGGGAAGGGAGUGCUGAGCGCAGCCUGGGGACGUUCUCAGCAGCUCAGGAUCUGAUUCCUGUGUUUUGGUAUUGUCCUGCCCUAGGAAUAAAACUCUUGUAAAAGCUCA